CUUUGAUUGUGCUUGGAGCAAAAUGUCUGCUCACAAAACAUUUAUUAUCAAGCGGAAGCUUGCCAAAAAAUUAAAGCAAAACAGGCCGAUUCCACAAUGGGUCAGAAUGCGUACUGGCAACACUAUCCGGUACAACGCAAAACGGCGUCACUGGAGAAGAACUAAGUUAAAGUUGUAAAAUGAGUUUGAUAUGUAUUUGCCUUUUUAUUGCUACAUA